AUGAAGCUGGACAUCUCGUGCUUCUGCUUUUUGUCGAAAAAUGAGUACCGGGUGCUGACGGCGAUAGAAAUGGGCAUGCGGAACCACGAGUACCUGCCCGUGUCGUUAAUAGCAAGCAUAGCGAAUUUGAGGAAGGAAGGCAUAACGAGUGUGCUGAAGAAGUUGCUGAAGAACAAGCUGAUCAGCCAUGAAAAUAAAAAGUACGAUGGGUACAAACUAACCUAUUUAGGGUAUGAUUUCCUAGCCCUAAGAGCAUUUAUAAAUAGAGGCAUCCUAAAAAGUGUAGGCAAUCAAAUAGGCGUUGGGAAAGAAUCAGACAUUUACAUAUGUAAAGAUACGAGUGGAAAUCUGUUGUGUUUAAAAAUUCACAGACUGGGGAGAAUAUCAUUUAGAACCAUCAAAAAUAAUAGGGACUAUUAUGGGAAAAAAAAAUUCCGAAAUUGGCUCUACUUGUCCAAAAUAGCUGCCACCAAGGAGUAUGCAUAUUUAAAAGCUUUGCAUGAAAGUAACUUCCCUGUUCCGAAACCGUAUGACCUGAACAGGCACAUGAUUCUCAUGUCAUAUGUAAAUGGGUAUCCCUUAUCACACGUAAAAGUUAGCAACCCCUUUAAGAUAAUUGACGUUUUAAUAAACACCAUCAUCAGAUUUGCCAAGGCGAAUAUAAUUCAUGGGGACUUUAAUGAGUUUAACAUUUUGAUUGAUGAUGAUGAGAGGAUAACUGUUAUUGAUUUCCCUCAAAUCGUUUCCCUUCAGCAUGCGAAUGCGAAACUGUAUUUCGAUCGAGACGUUAGGGGCGUCGUUAAUCACUUUUAUAGAAAGUACAAAAUAAAAAUUGAGGACUUCCCUGUGUAUGAAGAUGUCAUUUCGCUGAGCAGCGACAAACUUGCGUUGGACGAGAAUUUGAUUUCCAGCUGCGAUGAGCAGGCCUUGAUGGGCGUCCUGCAGAAUGAUGGCUCCGACUCGGGCUUCGCCAGCCCCGAGCAGGGGAGCGGUGAGAGCGGCGGGAGCGGCGAAGGUGACCAAGGUGACCAAAGUGAUGGAGGUGAUGGAAGUGAUGGAAGCGAUGGAAGCGAUGGAAGCCAUCGUAGUGGAGGAAGCCAUCGUAGUGGAGAAAGCCACCACAGUGAAGCCAACCACCGCAGAGAAGCAGACCGCCGCAUCGAAGCAAACCGCCGCUUCGAAGCAAACCGCCCAAGCGCCGUCAGCGAGAGCACGCAGGGGGAAACCCCCCGCAGCGUGGGCACCCAGGGGGAGGACCCCUUCUCAUCUGAAGGGAAGUACAAAGACGCCUACGAGAGCAACGCGGAAAGGGAGAAGUCAAGUGAACAGCUGGAGAAAAGGUCGGACGGAUUGGAUGACAGUGGUAUGGGGAGUGCACAAGGGGUAGCGGAGGAUCAGCGGGAAAAUGAGAAGGAAGAGGAGGAGACCAAAGGCAGGGGGGGUAGUAGCCCCAUGGAGGGUGAAGAAGCGCCCACAAAUGGGAAGUGCAGCCAUGCGGAGGAGAAGACCCAGGAUGAGGGGGAGGACCGUCCUGAUGAUCUCCCCGUUUGUGGUGAGGAAGAGACGGAGGGCAAAAUCGGCUCGGGCAAGCGGGACGACCAGGUGGGUGCCGCUUCAGAAAAGGGCAUCCUCAGCGAAGCGGUUGGUGAGGAGGCGAUCGGUGAUGAAGGAAGCGGUGAUGAAGCUAGCGGCGACGAGGCGAGCGAAUUGACGGCCUACUCCAGCUGCGACUCGGAGGGAUGCCUCUCCGCGGACUCCACCAAGAAGCUGUCCGAAACGUGGCAGCCCCAUAUAAAAAAGUACACCAAGGAAUACGCGAAGAGCAAGCUCAAGUACAUGUACAGGAAAAAAAAAAAUAAGGAAAAGUACAAGGAAAAUUUGAAAACGAAAAAUAAAAAGAAACUGAUGGAAAAGAUUAAAAAUUAUGCGUAA